UCUCUGUUGACCUGUUUCUUGGCAACACACUUACGGAAUUCUCCAAGAAGGGAACGAUUGAACAAGCCAAACGAGUCCAAACACUAUUUGACAAACACAAAGCAACUUAUCUUUUCUCGGAACGUCUUUAAAAACGAGAGCACUGCGAAGAAAUUUCCUUUGCAUCACCAUCAUUCCAAGAUGAAGACAUUGCCAUUGCUCUUGAUUAUUUUCGCUUUCGGAGUGACUGUCAGUCAGUCUUUGGUGCGAAAUCCGUCUUUAUUCGACUCCAUCUUCUCCAUAUUUGUCUCGGACAAUGAAAUCCAUUCGGAAACACCUGCUUUACCCAAGUCUCUGGAUCCGGGACCACCUCCUCAUGAAGAGGCCGCUAGGAUGGCUAGAUAUGUCACUCAUCAUUCGGAUUGGGCUGCAAUGGCCACCAUCUCCGCCAGAAAUCCGAUCAAAGGCUAUCCCUUUGCCAACGUGUUCAGUGUCAGUGACGGACCAAGCAUGGCUUUGUCAACAGGGAUCCCAUACAUGUAUUUGACUCCCUUGGAAAUGUCGGUCCACGAUAUUAAGGAGAAUAAUCAGGCAUCUCUUACAAUGUCAUUAGCCCAAGGGAAAUAUUGUGAUCAGAAACAAUACGACCCUGAGGAUCCUCGUUGUGCCCAUAUCAUACUGACUGGAACUAUUCAAACAGUAGCACAUGGGACAAAAGAAGAGGCCUUUGCUAAAGAUGCGCUAUUUUCUCGUCACCCCGAGAUGACUGAUUGGCCAAAAGAUCAUGGAUGGUUCUUUGGCAAGAUGGACAUUGAAAAUGUUCUGGUUUUGGAUUUCUUUGGCGGUGCUAAGACAGUUCCGGUUGAGGAGUAUUUCAAAGCUAAGCCCUUUUGAAGGAUACAAUAAACAAAGGUGAAAUGAGAA